AUGAGCGUUAAAAAAGAUUUGCGUUUCACGUUUGCCUUGAGUCACCAAUGGCUGCGGUUACUAGGCGUAUGGCCUGAUCCUCAUACUUCUUUAAGUGAUAUUCGCCGGCCCAAGUUAAGAUUUAUGAUUGUGGUGUGUAUUCUAAGCAUUUAUGUGUUCAUGCCGCAAUUCUUGAAUGUGAUACAUUCCUGGGGUAACGUGGGUUUAAUGGUGAAACACGUUGCUUCUGCUAACUACAGUUUAAUGGCAUUGUGCAAGCUGAUUGUCACCUGGUAUCACGGUGAAACACUUCGCACACUGAUGACAUCAGUUGCGGCCGACUGGACAACUGCAAAGGAAACCUGGAAACAAAACACGAUGUUGAAGAUCGCUAGACGUGGAAGAAAUAUGUCUCUCAGAUGUUAUAUAAGCACUACGUUUACAAUCACGUUCUACUUUUUCGCUAAUCUACUGAAGUUCCACCGAAACAUGCAUCAACCUGUCGGUCAACGAAAGCUCGUCUAUCAUUUUGACUACUAUAUCAGUCAAAAAAGCCCAAACUACGAAAUUACAUAUUUUAUUCAAAUGUUUGGCGGAAUAUAUACGGCCUUUAUUUGUUCCACUAUUGACAGCUUCGUCCCAAUGCUCCUGUUACACAUAUCCGCGCAGCUGAUAAAUCUGCGUGUGACGCUCAACAAAUUGGUGAAGAAAUUAGCAGAAAAGUCUAUAUCCUCCUUAACGUUUAAAAAAGACCUGGCUGCAAUUAUCGUGCGACACGAAGAACUUAUUAGGAACGCUGGAACAAUUGAAAACUGUUACAGUAUAGUGUUAUUAGGGUACAUGGUAGCUGCUACUUUUCAGAUGUGCUUCGAGUGCUUUCAGUUUUUCACGAUUAUGACUGCCAAAAAUGUUAAUAUUUCCGUUAUUGAAAUAAGCUUUCUUGCGUUUUAUUUCGUGGUUGUGCUGGUACACUUAUAUUUUUAUUGCUACUCAGCUGAAAGAUUGAUGGCGGAGAGUACUAAUAUAGCGUAUGGCGUAUACGAAUGCCAAUGGUACGAUUUGCCGUCGAAAGACGCGAAAGACUUGAUGUUUACAGUGUAUCGAUCUAGGAUUCCACUUAGAUUGACAGCUGGGAAAUUCAGUAUUUUUUCGUUAGAGAUGUUUGGAAUGAUGGUGAAGACGUCAAUGGGAUACUUAUCUAUGUUACUGACAAUGAGCAAUUAAAAGAAAUAAUGUUGGAAGAGAUAACAUAUUAAUUCGACAUAACUGAUCGCCAUGUCGUUUAUGAUAAAUGACUGAAU